UGCGGUAGCAAAACAGAGUAAAGCAAAAACCGAAACAGCCACGGAGUGCGUGUGUGUGUGUGUGUAUAUUUGGAAAAUAAUUUGUGGCUGACGAAAAGAAGAAACCUUGGGGCCAAAACGAAGAGGGGAAAGCGCGUGAAGAGCUGUAAAAGGGUAAAAUUAGUGCAUUAAUGUACAAACAGUGUGCGAAUAAAAUAAAUAAAGUUCUCGAUGUGCAAAGUCAAUAGGCAAACAACAACAGUAAGCGAGCAUAGGACAAGUGGGAUUUACCUUUCAAUGGCCGCCACUACAACUACAACAACCACAACACUAGCAACAACCACCGGCAAUAGCAGCAGCUCCAGCAACAACAACAACAGCAUCGCCAGCAGCAACAACAACAACAACAACAUUGUCACCGUGCACGCCGUACUGAACAACCCACCCACCAACAUUGCAGGCGGUGGUGCAGCCGACGCCGCCACCGUUGCGAUCGCCAAGGACAUGUUGCAGCUGCACCAUGGCGCGGCAGCGGCAGCAGCAGCGACAGCGGCGCUGAACAACAACAACAACAGCAACAGCAGCAACAACAACAACAGCAGCGGCAACAGCGCGGGGAGCAACAACAACAACUCCGAUCAGCUGAGCAACAAUUCAGCAAACCACCCACCUGCGACCAGUAGCACCACCGCCCCCGCCUCCUCCGCCGCCGCCUCCGCCAGCAGCACCACCCCCUCCGCCAAUGCCUCAUCGUCGACGUCGUCUCCGCCGCCAUAUGGAGAGCUGCGCUUCAACCAGGAGGUGCUGCCCAUCACGGACGCCGUGACGGUAAUCGGCCGCAACUCCUCCACAUCGCUGGUCCACUUCAACGUGGCGGAGAACAACCUGGUCUCGCGCAAGCACUUCCAGGUGCUCUACGACGUGGAGCUGCGCGCCUUCUUUGUCCAGUGCCUCAGCAAGAACGGCAUCUUCGUGGACGAUUUCCUGCAGCGGCGCAACGUGGAUCCACUUCGUUUGCCCCAGCGCUGCUACUUCCGCUUUCCCAGUACGGAGAUUCGCAUCGAGUUCGAGAGUUAUGUGCCCGCCACUCCAUCGGAUGCAGCCGCCGGCCAUUCGCCAUCGCUGGUCGUGAGCGGGGGCGGAGUAGGCGGUGGUGGAGCCCAGGUCAUCAUUACACCGCCGCCGAGGGACGAACUGCACCAGCAGCAGCAGUUGCAUCACCACCAGCAGCAGCAGCAGCAAUUGCAGCAGAUGCACCACCAGCCAGCGCACCACCUGCCGUUGCAGCAACAGCAGCAGCAGGCCCACCACCCACUCCCGCAUGCACCACACCACCCGCUCCACCACACAGCCCUGCACCAGCAGCAACAGCGCAGUGGCAACAUCGUCGUGGCCCCUCCAGCUGGGGCAGCUGCCCACCUAAUCGCCGGCGAGGGACCCGGCAUCUACUCUCCGCUCAAGAUAUCCAUACCCAAGAAGGAGCAGAAGAGCCCCUACCUGUCACCAACUGGUACAAUUAGCGCUGCCAACAGUUGUCCGGCUAGUCCACGUCAGGGUUUCAUCCAGAACCAGCCCAACAAUUACAACAACUACAGUAACAACAAUACAGUGAGUACACUUUCCCGGACCGAGUUUGCCGAACUAAUGAGCCGUUCGCAUUUGCAGCAGGAUCUGUUCCAGACUCCCUCCACAGCCAGCUACAAUCACAAUGAGAAGCCGCCGUACAGCUACGCCCAGCUGAUCGUCCAGGCCAUAUCUGCCGCACCGGAUAAGCAGCUAACGCUCUCGGGCAUUUAUUCGUUUAUAGUCAAGCACUACCCCUACUACCGCAAGGAGACGAACAAGGGCUGGCAGAAUUCCAUACGUCAUAAUCUCAGUUUGAAUAGGUAUUUCAUCAAGGUGGCCCGCUCCCAGGACGAACCCGGCAAGGGCUCCUUCUGGCGCAUCGAUCCGGACAGCGGCGCCAAGCUGAUCGACCACAGCUACAAGAAGCGCCGCCAGCGGAGCAGCCAGGGCUUCCGUCCGCCAUACGGGAUGCCCCGCUCGGCGCCCGUCUCGCCCAGUCACAUGGACAACUCGCGAGAGAGUUCACCGCUGCAGGACAUAGUGCUGCAAUCUGCUCCGGGGUCUCCGGGGAUGUCCCUAGAACAGCGAGCCGCUGAUGCUGAAAUAAUCUACAACUCUCAAAAUGCACACCAGCAACAGCAACACCAGCAGCAACAGCAGCAAACACUGUCAAGCAAUUCCAAUCAGUACAGCAGCGGUAGUCCUUACUACGUAACCAAUCAAAACUCCGGCGUGGCCGCGCAACAAUCGCAAGUUGAGGGAAGCGGCGCGAGUGGAGGUGGAGGCGGCGGAGUGGGAGCUCUGAUUGCGCUGAAGAGGAACCAUGUGAUGGGCGGCGGGGCAUCUCACUCGCUGCAUCAGCAGCAGGCGGUGGCUCAACAGCAGCAGCAGCAUUCAGAGAUUAUCUACGAGGAGUUGCCGACCGACUACAGUGGUCACAUCGAGGCCAGCGAGGAGGAGUGCGUCACCACUGCCACCGAUGCCACCGUGGCCAAGCGACCGAAGUACGUGUCCGAGGUGCUCUGAUGCGUGCGUAUCCAGAAGCACCGGCAGCAGAACAAGGGCAAAUAGUGCGCCCCACGGGUGGAAACGAUUAGAAAGCAAAACAAAAAGUAUCUCCAUCUUGUAUAUUGAAUUUGCCAAUCAUAAACCUACCCAUACCCCAAAACAAAUCAAAGCAGAAAGCGAAUCCAAACACAACACAGCAUAAGCAACAUGAGCGCACGCAAAGCUAGGCAACACGAAAGCAAAUUGUAUAAAUUGAUAUGGGACAUUUUACAAAUAGCAACUGUGAGAUUGUGUUUGAAAUGUUGGCCAUUCAAAACCGUUCAACGGCGGCAACUACAUGGAAACUUUUCGAAAUUCGAGACCCGAUUCGAAGUUACGACUUAAUCCCCACUAGAUCUGACGAAUUCAAUAUGCUCGAUGACGCUACUCUCUAAGUAAUAUAAUAAAAUUUAAGUUUAAAGCAGAGGUAAAGCAGCAAACAAAGCAAAAUUAUCUAGAUAUAUGCGAUUGAUUAUUGUAAUGAUUGAUGAUUAUGAUGUUUAAGAUGUUAUAGCUAUGUGACCGAAUUGUACGAGAAGCGUGAGAAUUGGGGAAAAUCAAGUAACAAGCAACCAACCACACAAGUAACAAACAAACAGGCGAAUGAAUAAUAUUACCUAUCUACAUACCUUUACCUAUAUCGAUUUAAAUAUAAUAUAUAUAUAUCUAUAUAUAUGAAUAUAUAUACAAACAUUAAAAUACAAACAAAAACAAAAAUCAUGAAUUAAUAAGUAAUAUCUACAAAUUUACGGAUACAAUAACAAUAUAUAAAGAUUGAAAUGAUAGCACAUUAUUUCUUAUUAAUGAAGAAACUCCCAUUUAAGUGUUUGGACAAAUUGUGUAUUAAAAAUCAAAAAUCAAAUGUACAA